CUUGCUCGGAACCAUCCCCACCAAGACAACCUCUCCGCUUUCCAAUAUGUCUCGCCAGUCUUGUGCCCGAAGCGUUGGAGGAGGCAGCAAAGGCUUCAGCUCCAGCUCUGCUUGCUUUGGGGGUGGAAACAGAGUCAGCUUCAACACAGUUUCCACAACCCGUGGAUGCUCUAUCCGUGGCAGCAGCGGAGGUGGCGGUUUCGGCAGCAGGAGCUUGUAUAAUCUAGGGGGAAACAGAAGAGCCGCUGUUGGCGGAUUUGGUGGUGGUGCUUGUGGCCAAGGAGGUGGAGGUUAUGGCGUUGGUGGCGGCUUUGGUGGAGGGUUUGGUGGUGGUAGUGGCUUUGGUGGAGGGUUUGGCAAUUGCUUUGAUGGUACCGGUGGCCCUGGAUUUCCCGUGUGCCCACCUGGCCCUGGGUUUCCUGUGUGCCCACCUGGAGGCAUCAAAGAGGUGACCAUCAAUCAGAGCCUCCUGCAACCCCUCAACUUGGAGAUAGAUCCAGAAAUCCAAAAAGUGAGGGUGCAGGAGAGGGAGCAGAUCAAAACCCUCAACAACAAAUUUGCCUCCUUCAUUGACAAGGUCCGCUUUCUAGAACAGCAGAAUAAAGUUCUGGAGACUAAAUGGAAACUCUUGCAAGAACAGGGUCAAGGGACUAGUGUUGGUCACAAGAGCCUUGAUCAGUAUUUUGAAGGUUAUAUCAGCUGCCUGAGGAAACAGCAUGAAGGUCUUCUGGGUGAGAGGAGAGGUUGGGAUUCAGAACUUAAGAACUUCCAAGACCUUGUGGAGGAUUACAAGAACAAAUAUGAAGAAGAAAUUAAUAAGCGUACAACAGCGGAGAAUGACUUUGUGCUCUUGAAAAAGGAUGUGGAUGUUGCUUACAUGAACAAAGUAGAAUUGCAGGCCAAACUGGAUGCUUUGCAAGAUGAAAUCAACUUCAUGAGAUGUCUGUAUGAGGCAGAACUCAGCCAGAUACAGCAGACCGUUUCCGACACCUCUGUUGUCCUUCAAAUGGACAACAACCGAAGCCUGGACUUGGACAGCAUCAUUGCAGAAGUCAAAGCUCAGUAUGAAGAGAUUGCUCAGAAGAGCCGAGCAGAAGCAGAGUCUUGGUACCAAACCAAGUAUGAAGAGCUGCAGAUAAAUGCUGGGAAACAUGGCGACAGUCUACGAGACACCAAGACUGAGAUCUCUGAGCUCAACCGUGCAAUUCAGAGGCUACGAGCUGAAAUUGAAAAUGUGAAGAAGCAGUGUGAAAAGCUGCAGGCCUCCAUUACAGAAGCUGAAGAGCGCGGUGAGCUGGCACUCAAGGAUGCAAGGGACAAACUUGCCGAAAUGGAGGUAGCUAUGCAGAAGGCCAAGGAGGAGAUGACUCGUCUCUUGAGAGAAUACCAAGACCUGAUGAACGUCAAGAUCGCGCUUGAUAUUGAGAUUGCCACCUACAGGAAACUGCUGGAAGGAGAGGAGAGCAGAAUGUCUGGAGAAUGCCAGAAUGCCGUGAGCAUCUCUGUAGUUGGUUCUAGCAGCUCUGGAGGUGGAUAUGGAGGUUAUGGAGGCGGGUUUGGAGGAGGAUGCUACGGGGGAUCUGGGGGCCUUGGUGGCUUCAGCUCUGGCAGUGGAAGAGGCAUGUGCAGCAUAGGAGGAGGAGGAGGAUAUGGUUCCAGCGGAGGCACCAUUGUGAAAAAAACUACGACAUCAUCCACCACUGUCAGGUCUUCAUCCAAGAAAGUGUAA